AUUAAUAAAAUGGUUGGUCAACCAUGAAUAUUAAAAGUAAAGUAUAUAAAGAGAUUGAUUUACCAGAUUUUAUAUCACAUUCAAACCAACAACAGUUGAAACAACAACAACUAACAUUUUUAAUCAAGUUAAAUCCAAACAACCAAACCAAACCAAUCGAAAUGAAUUCCCAAACUUUCAACGUUAUCUUUGCCUGUGCUUUACUCGUUGUCUUAGCUUUUGCUGCCAACGUUGAUGCCAGAGGAGGAGGAGGUGGAUCAAUCAUCAUCAUGGGAGGACAAAACCAUGGUCAUGGUCAUCAUAACUACAUCCCUUACCCCGUAAUGAUGGGAGGCUGGGGCUGUGGACAUGGACACAGCGGCUGGGGCUGGGGUCAAUAAUAGACUAUCAAUAUCAUCUUUCAUCAAUUC